GUCAAUGUGUCAAGAAAACCUGCGUGCACGACAACCACUACCAAAAUCUAAAAACAUUCCCUUUCUCCCUUUUUCCCUGUAAUGAAAAUGGAAAAUGAAUUUGACUUAGGAAGGCAGCCGCCAACCCAUCCUUUCGUGCCCCCACGAAGGGCAUUAUUUUCUGGGGCAGGAAGGGAAACCCUCUUCAACAUACAACAGUAUUUAAGGGCAACGUACCUUUGUCAAUUUUUGAAUCGUCAAUCAAGCCACAUCCUACACAAAAAAAAAGUCACCAAAAUCCUCUUGGAUAGAAAGCUGAAAUCUCUCUUUUUUGUUGUUGCUGAAUUAGCAAUAAGCAAAGAAGAAGGAAUGGCUUGUACAUGGAACACAAAGAUACAUGGCUUCUUCGUAGUACUAGCAUCGGUAGCAGUCUCUAGUCUCAUCUUUGUUCACCCAAUCGAUGCCGCCGGCUAUAGCCCGGCAAUCAGACGUUUGCCCGUCUUCCGGCCGAGCAAAUGGUCCCUGGCUCACGCCACAUUUUAUGGCGACGAGACUGCCUCUGCAACCAUGGGAGGAGCUUGUGGGUACGGAAAUCUGUUCCAAAACGGGUACGGUACAAACACGGCCGCAUUGAGCACGACAUUGUUCAACAACGGCUACUCUUGUGGGGCAUGCUUCCAGAUCAAAUGUGUGAAUUCUCCUCAUUGCUACGGUUCGACACCGUUCGUCACCGUGACCGCCACCAACAUCUGCCCUCCCAACUGGUCCCAGGACUCCAACAGCGGCGGGUGGUGCAACCCUCCCAGGUCCCACUUCGACAUGUCGAAGCCGGCGUUCAUGAGGAUCGCCGAGUGGAAGGCCGGGAUCGUCCCCGUCAUGUUCCGUCGGGUCCCGUGUACACCGAAAGGCGGGAUCAGGUUCCAGUUCCAGGGCAAUGGGUACUGGCUGUUGGUGUACGUGAUGAACGUGGCUGGAGGAGGUGACAUUGCGCAGAUGUGGGUGAAGGGAAGCAAGACAGGGUGGAUUAGCAUGAGCCAUAACUGGGGAGCUUCUUACCAGGCGUUCUCGAGCUUGGGUGGGCAGUCGCUCUCUUUUAGGGUGCAAUCCUACUCGACUAAGGAGAUCAUCUACGCCAUGAACGUUGCACCUUCGAACUGGAACUCUGGGUCCACUUACAAGUCAAAUGCCAACUUCCACUAAGCCCAAUUUUUUUGUGUCACUUUGUUUUUGAGUUUUGACUCUUUCUCUUUUCACUUUUGGUUUGACAUUUUACUGGGCGAAAGGGUAGGUAGACACCUUUCUGUUGGCCUAAUGUCCUUUUUGUAUGGUACAGAAGACUACUGUACUUAUCAAAUUGAGGAGACAAAUGGGAAGUUCACUUGCUUACGAACUAUUUGAAUUGCAAGCAAGUUGGCCAACAUCCCUAUUCCCUAGUGUAGUUGUUUCAGUCCAAUCCUAUAUUGAGGCAUUUUAUCGUGUCCUUAAACGACGUGUUGUGCUUGGUAACGUAUGAAUUGGGGCCCUCUAACCGGGCGCUUUGCAGCUGGUUCCCUAUUCAAUAGUCGGACAUGAAAUACUCAUGAUGUUCAAUCGACGAUAAGUAAUUCGAUAGGAGGAACAACAGUAUACCAAAAAAUAAGGGAAGAUGCCAUUGGCUAAAAUCUCCAAGACUCCAACAAAGGAAAUGAAAAAAAAAAAAAAAAAAAAAAGAGGUCUGUGUCAAUGGUAAUUUUGGACCAUUAUCGGUUCAUAGGUUUGUGUUUUAGAGUCGUUGGCCAUGCUAUAUCAUAUUCAUAUGCAAUUGUGGGGCCAAUAAAGGACAUUGUCGGCA